AUGCAGGGUUGGUUGGCUUUAAUUCGUGCGUCGGCAUUUGGUUGGAUUCCAUUAUCCAAACGGGAACUUCCUGAUGUAAGACGUUUCCAGAAAAAGAAAAAGGACAUUGAAAAGAAAACCUGCAUAAAUGUCAGUGGAACAAGAUUCGAAACUUGGCAGUCGACGUUAGACAAAUACCCGCUGACAUUGCUCGGUUCGUCUGAAAGAGAAUACUUCUACGAUUGCCAUACGGACGAAUAUUUCUUCGACAGAGACCCUCAAAUAUUUCGCUACAUACUUAAUUAUUACAGAACUGGAAAGUUGCAUUUUCCCAAACAUGAAUGUGUGUCUGUCUACGAAGAGGAACUCAAUUUUUUUGGCAUACGGCCAGAUACACUAGAGUUUUGUUGUUAUGAGGAAUUUACAGAGAAGAAAAAAGAAGACAGUGAAAAAUAUAUUGUAAUAAAAGAAGAGGAUGAUGAAGACAUUACAUUUUUAACAAUAAGGGAAAGGCUCUGGCAUGAUUUUGAAAAUCCAAAUGCCACGGUAUUUGCGCAGGUUUUGUAUUAUGUCACAGGAUUUUUCAUUGCGCUGUCUGUUCUUGCGAAUAUAGUUGAAACAAUUAGCUGCUCCGUAUCUCCAGAAACUGGCAAAAGUUUAUCCUGUGGACUGCAGUAUGAACGUGCUUUUUUCUGUUUGGACUCGGCUUGCGUCAUGAUAUUUACUAUCGAGUUUGUAGCACGGCUUUAUGCCGCUCCAAACCGCUGGAAAUUUAUGAAAUCCGUCAUGUCAAUUAUUGACGUUGCAGCAGUCCUUCCGUAUUACAUUGGCUUAUUUAUGUCCACAAAUUUAUCAGGCGCAUUUACAACUCUUCGUGUUUUCCGCGUGUUUCGCAUAUUUAAGUUUUCAAGGCACAGCGCUGGUCUCAGGAUUCUCGGAUAUACUCUCAAAUCCUGUGCUUCAGAACUUGGAUUUUUACUGUUUAGUAUCUCAAUGGCCAUUAUUAUCUUUGCAACAAUUAUGUACUAUGCAGAGAAAUCCGAAUCUUCGCAAUUCACAAGCAUUCCCGCCGCGGCUUGGUAUACCAUAGUUACAAUGACAACUCUAGGGUAA